UAUCAAGUGAUCUGCUUUGAAGUCAGUAUGCCUGAUCCAGCCAAGUCCGCGCCUGCUCCCAAGAAGGGCUCCAAGAAAGCGGUGACCAAGACCCAGAAGAAGGGGGAUAAAAAGCGCCGCAAGACCCGCAAGGAGAGUUACUCCAUUUAUGUCUACAAGGUGCUGAAGCAGGUUCACCCCGACACCGGCAUCUCUUCGAAGGCCAUGGGCAUCAUGAACUCCUUCGUCAAUGACAUCUUCGAGCGCAUCGCUGGGGAGGCGUCUCGCCUGGCGCAUUACAACAAGCGCUCCACCAUCACCUCCCGGGAGAUCCAGACCGCCGUGCGCCUGCUGCUGCCCGGGGAGCUGGCCAAACACGCCGUGUCCGAGGGCACCAAGGCGGUGACUAAGUACACCAGCUCCAAGUAA